AUGUCUGAAAACAAAUCAACAGCGUAUCGAUCUUUCAAAGACAGAGAAAAACCAACGGAAGUUCGUCUCAACAAUAUCAUCGCCGCCAGAGCUGUCAGUGAUGCUAUACGGACUUCUCUCGGUCCAAAGGGGAUGGAUAAGAUGAUUCAAACUGGAAAUGGAGAAGUGGUGAUCACUAAUGAUGGUGCCACUAUUUUGAAGCAUAUGUCCGUUUUACAUCCUGCUGCAAAAAUGCUUGUAGACUUAUCUGCCGCGCAAGACGUGGAAGCUGGAGAUGGCACCACAUCUGUUGUUGUGAUUGCGGGUGCGCUUCUUGGAGCGGCCGAAAAAAUGCUCAACAAAGGAAUACAUCCUACGACAAUAGCCGAGGCAUUCCAACGCGCAGCCACAAAAUCCGCGGAGUUUCUUACAGAAAUGUCCACCGAAAUUGUCCUAUCGGACAGAGAUUCUUUGUUGAGGGCUGCAAGUACCUCUUUGAAUUCCAAGAUCGUCUCUCAAUAUUCUGGCCUUUUGGCGCCUAUCGCCGUGGACGCAGUAUUACGUGUUAUUGACCCAGAAAUGGCGACUAAUGUGGAUCUCAAAGAUAUCCGUAUAGUCAAAAAGGUCGGGGGAACUAUUGAUGACACUGAGCUCGUUGAUGGAUUAGUUUUGACACAGAAUGUCAUCAAAAGUUCUGACGGACCCUCUCGUAUUGAGAGAGCAAAAAUUGGACUUAUUCAAUUCCAACUAUCACCUCCAAAACCUGAUAUGGAAAACCAGAUAGUAGUGAACGAUUAUAGGCUCAUGGAUAAAAUUUUGAAGGAGGAACGACAGUAUCUUUUAAAUAUGUGCAAGAAAAUAAAGAAAACGGGAUGCAAUGCUCUUUUGAUUCAAAAAUCGAUCCUGAGAGAUGCAGUUAACGACCUGUCUCUUCAUUUCUUGUCAAAAUUGAAGAUCUUGGUUAUCAAAGACAUCGAGAGAGAGGAGAUAGAGUUCAUUUGCAAGAGUACGGGUUGUAAACCAAUUGCCGACAUUGAUUCUUUCACCGAGGAUAAGCUUGGCCACGCUGAAUUGAUCGACGAGGUGCAAACAUCCGGCGCACGCGUUGUCAAGAUUACGGGUGUCAAGCAAAACUCAAAGACGGUGUCCAUUUUAAUUCGUGGUGCCAAUUCUCUCGUGUUGGAAGAAGCAGAACGCUCGCUGCAUGAUGCACUUUGUGUCGUUCGUUGCCUUGUAAAAAAGAAAGCCCUUAUUGCUGGUGGCGGCGCACCAGAAAUUGAAGUAUCACAGCGCUUAUCCGAAUAUGCGAAAACCCUCAAGGGAAUGGAAGCUCAUUGUUUCGAAGCCUUUGCAAGUGCACUCGAAAUUAUUCCGGUGACCCUGGCAGAAAAUGCGGGCCUAAACCCUAUCAAUAUUGUCACCGAACUCAGGAACAGACAUGCGUUAAGUGAGAAAACAGCGGGCAUUAAUGUGCGAAAGGGUACCAUCACGAAUAUUCUAGAAGAGAAUGUUAUACAACCUCUCCUCGUGUCGACCAGUGCCAUAGAGUUAGCAGCUGAAACUGUCAAAAUGAUAUUGAAGAUAGAUGAUUUGCUUCCGAUAGACAUCAAGUAA